CUUGAAUUGACGGACACGUCUUUUAUUCAGUUUUGAUACAGCACCAGCACGUAUUCACUUAUGCAAAUUGGAGACAUCAGUCUCGGCCACAGCCACAGCUGCGAAGUGCAUCGUGCCGAAAAAAACUUAGUUGAAGUGCGAACUCCGUCGACUGCGAGUGUUGAGUGUCUGUAGUUUUAUAAUUAUAAUUUCUGUAGUUUUAUUGAAGUUAUUGUUGUUGCUCAUUGGGACUUUUGUGUUUUAUGCGCUUAUUGGGACUGUACGAAAUUGCAGCAACAAAGGAGCUAUGAAAGCGUGAUCACUAGCGUAACACUCUUCUUUCUACCAUGUACCUCCGCCCACCGUUGGUCGUCUUGCUGCUAGCAACGGCGACAUUCUUAUUACCCUCUACAAUCGCUGACAACGAAGAAGACUUUGCUUUCGAUGUCACUGAAGACUUAGAGAUUGAGUUUGAGGGAGAUAAGCUAGUUAAAUGGAACGAGAAGGAUUUGGUAGCCUAUGUUGGAAGGACUUUCCAUUUGGUCGUACCGAAAGAGAGCUUCAAAGGCGUGGUCAAAAGUUUUGAGGUGAAACGACACACAGGAAAAGGUUUACCAUCGUGGCUUCUAUUCGAUAAAAAAGGAGGUGUAUUCUGGGGCGUACCUCUGAACCAAGAUGUCGGAGUCCUCCAUCUUACAAUAAAGGCUAUUGGAGAUAAAGCUAACUCCGAAGAGAUAACAAUCAAAGUUGUAGAAACAACUGAAGAAGCCGCAGGAGUAGAAAAAUGUAAACCGAACGAGGAGAAUACGGUUUUAACGUUACUGCUAGACAAAAAUAUCAGAGCUAUCAAGCCAAAGCAAAGAGUGAUCGCUAUUAACAAUAUUGCCCAGUUUUUCGGAUUGCCGCAUAGUGCCUUUACAUUCAAACCUCAACUAGAAAAAGACGACAUUACAGAUAGUUCCGUAGUACUAGCCGGUCCUGGGAAUUUACGAUCAAGAACUUCCAAGGUAACAUCUCUUUUGCAAGUAGCUGUAGGCUGUGAUGGAAGACUGUGGCUCUCUACAGCGUCAAUAGUUCACCAAUUGAAGCAGCAAGCGAGAGACGGUACCAUUGCCGAAGUAUUACGCUUACCUCUGAUCGGCUGGAGAGUUAAGACUGAAACAAAACCUGUUGUUAGAACUAAAAGAGGAGCUGACGUUAUUGACGGUGAUUAUGGUAGUGGAGAUUAUAAUGAUGAAGACGAAUAUUACGACGACUAUGAAGAUUCUUAUGAUGGUGAAGGUCUCGGAGAUGUGGAAAAGAUGCCCCCGUCUGCUGCUGCUCCAGUUACUCUGCCAACUCCCAAAAAGACUACAACUACUACUACGACAGCAGCUAGUUCUACUGUUUCGACUGAUAUUACUACACAUCUUCACAGACAUCACCAUGGAGAACUCAACCCUAGUAUACCUAAUUUGCACCACCAGACAACCCACAAAAACUUCUAUGUAGAAGAGCCAGUUCCAGUGACAAUCCAACCGUAUGAAACCCAGUCCUCUUCGCCAACUUCUACAUCAACUGCUGGCAAAUCUGAAUUGCCUACUUUCGGCAGAACUAAGCCUAAACCGGAUGAUAUUCUUACUUAUGAAGAUAACUACGACUACGGGGAAUAUGAUGACGAAGACGAAGAUUUGGACGAUCCCAUUGAGAGUGAAACUGUUAUCCCAGAUAUAAAUAAAAAGAAGCAAACGUUUGUUCCUACUUUCGAAGAUACCGAAAGCAUUACGACUGAGGAGAGUAGGUCGAAAACUACAUCUAAAAUAGAAGCAGAGACUGAACCAUUAAGUACAUCUAGCACCACCUCAAGUACUACUACAAGUACUUCAACCACUUCAACUACCAGUACUACAACUAGCACUACAACAAGUACGACAACUACCACGACAACCCCAGCUGCUCCCACCACUAUUCCUAUUGUCUACACUACAACUGCUAGUACUACAGAUCUUCCAACAACUUUCCAGAUUGUCGUAGAAGGAGAUAUCGAGACUGACUUUACAACAGAAACUGAGAAACCUACGCCCAUAACACCAGAAAUAGCUGAGCCAACUCAGUCAUCAGAAGAGCCUACUGUAGCGAGCACAACGCAGUCUACAACAGUAGUUAUUCCUACAAAUAGCAGCUCUGAAUCGACAAUAACGUACACAACAUCGACAACACCGUUGACAUCCGUUGAGAUUCUUACGACUGAAAGCAGUUCGACUUCCAAAGAACCCUCAUCUACCCAAAAACUUACAACUCUAAGAGAAGUAGUAACGGAAGUUGAGUAUCACGAAAACUUUGAUCCUUUCAUCGAAAAUCGACUUCAACAAAUGUAUGUGAUAGCAGGAAAGAUUUUCCGAUUUGUGAUACCACAAAAUACUUUCAAAGAUUUUGAAGAUGAGUACGACCUAACGUAUCAAUUGUUGGAUUCUAAUAAUAGAACGGUGACAAACAAUAGUUGGCUACAUUUUAAUCCUUCCCGGAGGGAGGUCUAUGGAUUGCCUUUAGAAGAAGACGUGUCUAAAUGGGUGUUCUGGGUGAAAGCUUCAGACAAGGAUGGUGGAUACGUUCAAGAAAAGCUCAAUAUUCAAGUUCAACAACACAAACUAGACCUUGUCGUCAACCAUGAAUUUAGUUUAAUCAUUGGAAUUGAAAGACAUCAAGAAUUUCAGCACUACGUUGACUGGUCGCUAAAAGUACUUAGAGCAUUAGGGAAAAUAUACAACACAAAUAUGGCGGAAAUAACUGUAAGAAGAAUUAAUUAUACCACCCAGCCAGUGGUAUUUACUUGGUCAAAUGAUUCAAUAGCUACCAACUACUGUCCAAGAAGUGAGAUUGAAUCUCUAUUUCAAGUUUUAACUGCAAACAAAAUAGGUGAUCCCUCUAGGGAACUCAAUAUGGCUUUGUCGCCGGAACUGCGAGUCAAAAAAGUAAUUUCUCGGGAACUAGGUGUUUGUGAACAACCGCUCACGCCAGUCACUCCUCCAAUGAAUUUCUCACCGAUUUUACGAAAUCCAGUCGACAAAGUAAACGCCACCGUUGGAGAAUUACUGGUAUACAAAGUGAAAGAUGAUACUUUCUACGAUCCAGAAGACGUUGACCCAAGAAUGUUAAACAUAUCACUCCUCACCGGUGAUCGUCAACCGAUUCCACCAGAUAAUUGGUUACAGUUCGACAAUAAAAACAGGGAAUUCUUUGGUAUUCCGAGAAAAUCAGGAAGAAGCGAAUAUCAACUUGUUUGUGUUGACAGUGGUGGACUACCUGCGACUGAUAGCUUAGAAGUUGUGGUAUAUCCACCUGUGAAGAAAAACUUCAAUGUUGAAUUCAGUAUGAAUAUCACAGAAAUACCGCAUGAGAUUUUUAUUAAUACUGCGUCUUUACAGAAGAAAUUUGUUGAGAAACUCAUGAUUUUGUUCGAGGAGUCAACAACAAAGAACUUUUAUUUCCUUCCAUUCAAAAGAUCAUACGAUUCCACAAUUGUGACUUGGUUCAACAAAUCACUACCCCUAAACCGAUGUCCGCACGAAGAAAUCAAACGAGUAGAAUCUAUUGUACACCAAAUGAUCGAUAAACACAACAUGAUUGCUCAUAGGGUACAUUCUGUUAUGGAACCAGAAUUCAAAGUAUCUACCAUUAAAGUUUACCCAACGGGUAAUUGUAAGCAAAGAGUUGUUCAAGAGGCCAAACCAGAAGUUAGUGUACCGAUUGAGGAAAGUACACCCCAGUCCAGCAGCGAUGAUUAUCUUGUUACUUUUAUUGUACCAGCAGUCAUUGUUUUCGUAAUGCUGUUCUUGGCCACUUUGGCUGCUAUUGUGUUAUACAGAAGACGAAGAAUGGGAAAAAUGAACGUUGAAGAAGAUGGAAGACAGAGUUAUGGAAACAAAGGUAUUCCCGUAAUCUUUCAAGAAGAACUAGAAGAAAAACCUGAACCCGGUACAAAAGCUCCAGUGAUUCUCAAGGACGAAAAGCCGCCAUUAGCGCCUCCAGAAUACAGUAAAAGCGGCUCAGUCAAAUUAGCGGACGAUUCGGAACCCUACCAGCCGCCCCCACCGUUUACCCGUACUCAGGACAACGGCAGACAAUCCAGACCAAAACCCACCCCUACUUAUAGAAAACCACCCCCUUAUGUGCCUCCUUAACAAUUACACUUUACAUUUUUUCAGCAAUAAGCUUUGUCUGACUGCCAAUUCGCGCGAUUGGUUCAUAAUUAUUCGAAUAAACCUUUUAUGACUCUGCAACUAAUAAUACUUUAGAUGACUGGCCGCAUUUUAGAAUGUAAGAUAAGUCAAUAGUUCAAUGUAAAUAUUUACACAAAAGCGUUAGAAUUUGUACAAUUAUUAUAAGCUGGCCACAGAGUACGCACAAUUCUCGAUUCAUAAUGCGCGAUGCCUGAUUUAUAUCCAUUGUUCGUCGGUUCAUGUUGAUGUGUGAUGUGCAGCCUUUGAUGUUCGUUAAUUUACCGCUCACAAGAGAGAAUUACUAUGCAUACAUGAAUCAUGUUGUUUACUAAUCGAUUUUUAACUAACAAUAUAAAAUUAUUAUUUAUGACCACACUGUCGAAACUUUUUGUAUGUAUUUGUUAUUUGGGUAGAGUCGGACAAAUUUGGAGCUUGGCGCAUUAUGGUAAUGGGGCGUUUGUCUGUCAAGCUGUCACGAAGUUGUAAAUUUUAUGCAAAAAAAAUUAUAACCACAUUGGUCAUUUUAUUUUAAUCAAUGGUUUUUGUCAUAUAAAUAGCGAAAACAAUUUUGUCGGACAAAAAUAUUGGGCCAUAUGACGCGUCGGACACGAUAAAUAUGUCAAAUUUAUGAAAAUAAUAAAUUUAUUACCACAUGGCUAAUUUUAACAGAAUCUACCAUAAAACAUUUUUACAAUAAUGUGUAACCUUGUCGGACAAUUUUUACGGGGCUAUGUGCAGUCGGCUGCGCCGACGAUGUCAAUUUCCUGGUAUUUUUUUAUUUACAACCAUUUUUUCGACAAAAAUAGGAGGUUAUAAGUAAUUAUAUUCUAAAUAAAAAAAUCUAAGUGUCCGACAAAAAUAUUGGGGCAAAUCGACAGUCAGACGAAAAAUUUAAUUUUUAUUAGUAAACUAUAUUUUACUUUUAAACUAUGCUGGGUUCGUGCAUCCCUUAUCUUCACAAUCAUUUUUCCGACAAAAGUAUUAGGUUACAAGUAAUUAUAUUCUUAAACAAAAAAUGUAAUUGUCUGACAAAAAUGCUGGGGUAAACGAACAGAAAACGUAAUUCUUUUAGGUUAUCGAUGCCCUUAAUAGGAGGCAUUGUCAAAAAAAUUUUUAAAACAGUUUUUCUCGGUUACUUUUGAAUCGAUUUAGAUUAAAAUUGGUAUACACACUAAGUACAACAUUUAAAAGGGCGUGACGUAGAGUUAUACCCAAAAUUUUCCGAUAAGAGGAAAAAUUUUGGAAAUAUCUGAAUUUUAUCUGAAAAUUUGUGUACAUACAUCUUGAACAAUGACAAACAUCUUUCUGUUGUUUCUUUUCUCGAAUUUUGAAAAAAAAAUUCCGAAACAAGGGAAAAUUUCGGAAAAUUUUUUGAAAAUUUUGGACCUAUUAUUUUUGUCCGACAAGUGAUCUAAUAUGCAUUACACAUGUAAAAAAACAGUACAAAAUAAAAAUGACAUCUGUGGUACUAAAUAAAAAAAUUCCAGGAAAUUGACAUCUUCGGCUCAUCCGACUGCACAUAAGCCCCGUGAAAAUUGUCCGAUAAGGUUACCACAUUAUUAUAAAAAGGUUUUUUGGUAUAUUCUGUUAAAUUUAGCCAUGCGGUAAUAAAUUUAUUAUUUUCCUAAAUUUGACGUGUCCGACACGUCAUAUGGCCCAAUAUUUUUGUCCGACAGAAUUGUUUUCACUGUUUAUAUGGUAAAAACCAUUGAUUAAAAUAAAAUGACCAAUGUGGUUAUACAUUUUUUUCUUGCAUAAAAUUGACAACUUUGUGACAGCUUGACAGACAAACGCCCCACUACCAUAAUGCGCCAAGCUCCAAAUUUGUCCGACUCCACCCAAAUAACAAGUACAAAAAGUUUCGACGGUGUGGUCAUAAAUAAUUAUUUUAUAUGUGGGCCCAAGGACUACAUAAUGCCCUACAUACUAUUCGUGAACUGCCCACGAAUCGCGCAUCACGAAUCGCGAAUCACGCUUAGUCUGUAACGAGCUUUAGAAUUUAUACAAUUAAAAAGGACUACUCCGUUGAGAGUCAUAUUAAUUUGUAAAUGAUAUUAGAAAACAGUAAGUACAUACACAGUUGAUUUUUAUUAAUAAUUGCAAUUUCAAAUUAAGUUAAACGACAAGGGACGGGUAUAUAAUCAAAUCCUUCAGUAACGUUAUAGAUACUUCUUCUCCUUCUUCAGCCUUAAGCAAUCUCAUUUUGAACAUAUGCAUCCCCCAAUCCAAUCCAGUGUUUUCUAUUUUGCGCUACUUGCUUCCAGUUGUGUCCUCCAAUAUUCUUAAUGUCAUCAGCCCAUCUCAUUUGUGGCCUUCCCCUUAUUCUCCUUCCUAACCAUGAUCUCCAUUGUUGUGUUCCGAUGGUAGGUUACGGAAUCAAUUAAAAAUAAGUGUAAACAAUGAACAGUAAUAUAUUUAUUUUAUGUUGGGUAAACAAGCGUGCUUCGUUUAUUAUCUCGUAAGGGUUUGUUAGCGAGGGUGUGUCUGAAUCGUUCGCCUGCUGUGCCGAUACUGCCAGACCACAACACUCUAUUAUGCCAUCAUGCUUGCAGUUUUACAAUAUGGCUAGAAAGGCAAUAAAUUACUAACAUCUGCGUUUUAAAAGAUGAGAAACUUUCUGUAUUUUAAGAAGUUGACAUAAAGAGCGUGGCAAUCUCGCCUCGGAGUCUAUUAGUGUUUCCUUGAAAAAAACAUUAAUUUUAUAAAAUCUGCUUAGCGAUAUAUUUCGUUUCUUAAACUUAACGGCCCUUGUUAGCAUAUGGUUUGUAUAUUAAAAGUAAUUUCGUUUCGAGAAAAGUUAUUAAAAAUUUAGCAAAAAUAAUAAUUAAAACGUAUCGCUAUAGUUGUAUUUCGUGAUUCCAUCUUUUAUUCUUCAGUCGGGCAUUGUGUCCUGCGAAGCUCCAUUUUAAUUUGGCAGCAUGUUCUCCUGCUUCUUUUACUUUGGUUUUGCUUCUAAUCAAUUUGUUUGUUUUUUUGUCUGUAAGUCUCACCUCGAGCAUUGAUCUUUCCAUCAGUCUUUGUGCCUUUACUAUUUUAUCCAUAUUGCCCUUGGUGAGUGUCCACCUCUGUGAACCUUACGUGAGUAUAGGGAGGAUCCGCUGAUCGUAAACUCUGGUUUUCCAAAUAUUGUUUUAUUUUAGUGUUUUUCAAGAUCUAACUCAGAUUUCCAAAUCCUGCCCACGCUAACCUUAUUCAUCUGGUAAUUUCAGCACUUUGAUAUUCUUUGUGAACUUGCAUUACCUGUCCCAAGUAGAUGUAUUCGCUUACUGUUUCUAAAUUUAUGUCAUUCAACGUUAUUUUUCUAAUGUUCUGUAUAUUCCUCAUUAUUUUGGUUUUUUCCAAGUUCAUCUUAAGCCCUACUUUUUCCCAAGCUUGAAACAGUUGCGUCAUCAUGGUCUGUAAUUCGUCAAAGCGUGUAGCGAAUAUUACAAUGUCGUCAGCAUUUCUCAAAUGACUCAGUUUUCUUCCAUUAAUAUUGAUUCCUUUAUCUGCCCAGUUAUUGUCUUUGAACAGGUCUUCCAGUCCCAGUGUGAAUAGCUUUGACAAGAUAACGUCUCCCUGGCGGACUCCUCUGUUAAUUGGUAUAGCUUUGGUUUUCUCAUCUAUUUUUAUUUUCAUUUUUCAUCCGUUAUAAAUGUGAUCGAUUAAAAAUCAAUACAAUUUUAAAAUCCAAAUAAAACAUAAUUGGUACUACAUAAUAGUAACACUGUCGUACGAAAUUAUUAUCGUGAUUGAUAAUUCUUUAGCAAAAUAAUGGGAAGAAUUUUAUAGCUGUAGUUUAAUGAUGUGGUUUUCAUUGUUAUUAACAAACCUCACUCUUCGUUGUAUUUGAGAUUUUUAAGAUUUAAGAUGUUAAUUUAAAGAUAUCGACCCGUCCCUACAAAGAAACCGGUCUUAUUUGCUGUUUACUAGAUUUUAAAGUGAGUUUCUUUCAAAAUUGUGAUGCAAACGUAGGCUGCUAUGUACUUCUAACAAAUUAUAAACUUAUUUUUAGAGCUUUUUGUAUUGUAUACAGUGAACUACUUACAUACAUUAUGAAAUGUCGUACAAUUAUUGAGUCGCCAUCUCGAUGCCAAAUUCUCACACCCACAGAAUAUUUUAAUAUUAGAUAUGUUCUUAAUUCUGUACUCAAACUCUCGAAUUAAAGUAAGACUGCUUUUAUACAAUUGUAGUUUAAAGUGCAUAAAAACUUUUUUUCAAAAUCCGCGGAAAAAUUUCGAGACCACUACUCUUUUGUUUUUCUUUAUAGAUGAAACUUAUUAAGAACUGACUUAUUACUCAUAUACCUACUGAUAUGUCUGACAAGCUCUAAGACGUGUGAGACAGUGUCUUCCAAAUUUAUUAUCAGUGUUGCUUAUUUAAAAUAAACUCCUUAAUUUAAAAAUAUUUUAAUAGCUGUUUAGUAGUCACGAUACAUAAUGUACGUACGCGUACUGUGAUAUUUUAUUCCCAUUUCUUGUUAGUUUUGAGGCACUCUACACUCCGUCAACUAUUGGAAUGUUGUUCUUGUAAUCUGUUUUAAUAACUCGUCUUCACAAUAAUUUUCAACGAUUCGUCCGUUAAUAGUGAUCAGUUUCUUUUUUCAGCAAUUGGUGUUUUUUGUUUAUACAUAAUAUCGUAAAUGUAUUAUCAACUACAGUUGAGUUCAUGAUUCUUUACCCGUGCAUAAUCAUUUCAGACAUAUGAAAUAAAUCAUAAAUCUAUUCCACGCAACAGCAAGUGACAGAAAGUGGGUACUGCUCCGAUCACGGAUUAUAUUAUAGAAUUUGACGUUAUCAAAUAAAUAGAACUUAAAAUUUUAUUGCAGAAUUACAGCUACAUUUGCUACAAACUCCAGUAUAAAAUUGGUUAUGAAAACAACUGUUUAUUUAAUAAAAAUAACUUCUAAAUGCCAAAACAGGACAAAAAGAAAAACAACAAAAAAUCCAACAAACUGACAGUGACAAGUAAACAAACCAGAAACGUCACAAAUUGUACUUAAACUCUAAAAACGUUCCCGAGCGUCUUUUUUGUAGCUAUCUCUUUUCGAUGUACUAAGUCUAUAGCGUUUAUAAAAACAACAUGUGUCUUUUACUUAAUAACAGGCGGUAUCUGGUUUGUUUUUAGUUUCAUGCGUGAAAGACAAUGAUGCUAGAUAAAAAGUAUGUGUUUUAUCCAGAUAUUAAUGACGCACGGGUAAAGAACCCUGGACUCAACUGUAUUAUUGUACUUGCAGUUCUUUGGUCUAUUUUACUUUACUGCUAUUAUAUGCACAGGAUGCCGGUAAGCUUUUAAGUGGCCUGUAUAUUGUCGCAUCUUCUAAUUUAAUCUCUCUCUUUUUCUCCUUCUCUCUCUCUCUCUAUUUGUCUUUCUGUCCUUGUUUGAAACACAGUAAGUAAAUUAAACACAGUCUAAAUUAACUUCUCUAAUUGUUUGAUACAUACCUUGACGUUAAGUGACAUAAUAUGUCUAUACGGUUAUCGAGGCGAGAAUCAAGAAAAGGAGAAACUGACCAAAAACGUGAGGAAGAUCUACGGGUGGAGGAAGAAACAUGAACAGGAAGUCGAAGAAAAUAGUCCAAAAGUGGAAGAUGAUGACAGACACUUGUCUGACGCUGAUGGCUCUUUUUCAGAUGUAAUUAUGUAGAAGUAUUAGUUUGUGUUAAAUAGAUAAUAUGCCGUCGUCAAUUCUAACAAUAAGCCUACAGAGAACGAACAUAACAGAAGACACGUACAGAAAAAAAUAGACAAAAAAAUAGAUGCAAGCAGUAAGACACAGACCAGCUAUCGACUUUAAUCGGAUAAAGCUCCAUGAGAUCCAAAACAUAGAACACUGAAGGUAUCAUUAUUUUCAAAUAGCUAGGUAUACAUAAGAAAAUGUCAUUUUAGUCAAAAGUACUUGAAGUCUUGAUUUCUGAUCAAAAAACACUUUGCAAAGUCAAUUAUGUGCCAAGACUUUACACUUUUGUUUAAAAUGGCAUUUUCAUGUGUCAUGAAAAACGGAUUUUAAACAAAAGUGCAAAGUCUUUGCACAGAAUUGACUUUACAAAGAGUUUUUUGAUCAGAAAUCAAGACUUCAACUACUUUUGACUAAAAUGACAUUUUCUUAUGUAUACCUAUUUGAAGAAAAUCAUGACACCUUCAGUGUUAUAUGUUUUGGAUCACAUGGAAGCUUUAUCCGACUAAAGUCGAUAGCUGGUCUGUGUCUUACUGCCUAAGUACAUCCAUUUUAAAAAUUUCGUUUGUUCUAUAUUUUGUAUAUUUUUUGUAUACGUGUCUUUUGUUAUGUUUGUUGUCUGUGGGUUUAUUGUUAGACUUGAUGACACCAGUUUCUGUACAUAUUAUGUAUUAAACACAAACUAAUGCUUCUACAUAAUUACAUCUGAAAAAGAGCCAUCAGUCACCAUCAUCCACUUCCGGGCUAUUUUCUUCGACAUCUCUAGCUCACCUUCUUCCACAGGUUGAUCUUCCUCAACAGGUUGAUCUUCCCCAGCAGGUUAAUCUUCUUCAGUUUUUUGGUCAGGGUCCUCGUUUUCCUGAUUUUCUCCUUGAUAGCCGUAUAGAGCUAACAAUUGCUCCAGGGGCAUAUCACCUUCCACAUUUGCUGAAAAGGCUUGCUGGCUUCCACAACUCACUAGAGAUUCUCUAUGACUGGCAUAGAGAAUCUCCAUUCUCUAUAUUAGUUGUGGAAGCUAGUAAGGUUUUUCAGCAAAUAUAGAAGGUGGUAUGGCCCUGGAGCAAUUGUUAGAUCAAUACGGUUAUCAAGGCGAGAAUCAAGAAAACGAGAACCCUGACUAAAAACCUGAAGAAUAUCAACCGGCUGAGGAAGAUCAACUUGUUGAAGAAGAUCAACCUGUGGAAGAAGGUGAGGUAAAGAAGUCGAAGAAAAUAGCCCGGAAGUGGAAGAUGCUGGUGACAAACACGUGUCUGAUGGCUCUUUUAUAAAUGUAAUUAUGUAGAAGUAUUAGUUUGCGUUUAAUACAUAAUAAUAUGUACAAAACUGGUCGUCUAUUCUAACAAUCCCACAGAGAACAAAACAUAACCUUUUCAUAAUUUCUUGAUCAGAAAUCAAGACUUUGUACUUUUGACUAAAAUGGCAUUAUCUAAUGUAUUAUUUGAAAAUGAUGAGACCUUCAAUGUUAUAUGUUUUGGAUCACAUGGAAGCUUGAUCCGACUAACGUCGAUAGCUGGUCUAUGUCUUACUGCCUAAGUACAUCCAUUUUAAAAAUUUCGUUUGUUCUAUAUUUUGUUUAUUUUUUGUGUACGUGUCUUCUGUUAUGUUUGUUGUCUGUGGGUUUAUUGUUAGACUUGACGACACCAGUUUCUGUACAUAUGUAUUAAACAGAAACUAAUACUUCUACAUAAUUACAUCUGCAAAAAGAUCCAUCAGUCACCAUCCUCCACUUCCGGGCUAUUUUCUUCGACAUCCGUUCCUCAUUUUCUUCUGCAGGUUGAUUUUCCUCAACAGGUUGAUCUUCCCCAGCAGGUUGAUCUUCUUCAGGUUUUUGGUCAGGGUUCUCGUUUUCCUGAUUUUCUCCUUGAUAACCGUAUAGAGCUAACAAUUGCUCCAGGGCCAUAUCACCUUCCAUAUUUGCUGAAAAGGCCUGCUGGCUUCCACAACUCACUAGGGAUUCUCUAUGACUGACAUAGAGAAUCUCCAUUCUCUAUAUUAGUUGUGGAAGUUAGCAAGCUUUUUCAGCAAAUAUGGAAGGUGAUAUGGCCCUGGAGCAAUUGAUAGAUCAAUACGGUUAUCAAGGAGAUAAUCAAGAAAACGAGGAUCCUGGAAAAACCUGAAUUAGAUGAACCUGCUGAGGAAAAUCAACCUUAUGAAGAAAAUCAACCUGUGGAGGAAGAACUGCAACAGGAAGUAGAAGAAAAGAGCCAGAAAGUGGAAGAUGUUGGUGACAGACACGUGUCUGAUGGUUCUUUUUUAGAUUUAAUUAUGUAGAAGUAUUACCUAGUUUGCGUUUAAUACAUAAUAUGUACAGAAACUGGUCGUCUAUUCUAACAAUAAGCCCACAGAGAACAAAACAUCUUCAAAUAUCUUUAAUAAUUUUUGGACCUUUUCGUAGCUUACGUUAUUUCGUUUUCAGUUCUUGAUUAUUCCUACGUUUCUCUUUUCCCUCCCUCUCUCUCUCUCUCUCUCUCUCUCUCUGUCUCUCUUUGUCUUUAUGUCCCUGUUUGAAACAAGUUGAGCGAAAACAGAAAGCUUUCACGAUAUGUCUAAAUUAAUUACCCUAAUUGUUUGAUACAUACCUUGACGUUAAUUGACAUAAUACGUCUAUACGGUUAUCGAGAUGAGAAUCAAGAAAACGAGGGACCUGAACAAAAACCUGAGGAAUAUCAACCUGUUGAUCUAGCGGUGAUGGAAGAACAGGAACAAGAAGUCGAAGAAAAGAGCUUGGAAGUGGAAGAUGCUUGUGACAGACGCUUGUCUGAUGGCUCUUUUUCAGAUGUAAUUAUGUAAAAGCAUUAGUUUGUGUUUAAUACAUAAUAUGUACAGAAACUGGUCGUCAAUUUUAACAAUAAGCCCACAUAGGACAAACAUAACAGAAGACACGUACAAAAAAAAAAUAAAUGAAAUAUAGAACAAAUGAAACGUUAAAAUGAAUGCAGGCAGUAAGACACAGAGCAGCUAAUGACUUUAGUCGGAUAAAGCUUCCAUGUGAUUUAAAACAUAUAACACUGAAGGUGUCAUCAUUUUGAAAUAGGUAUACAUAAAAAAAUGUAAUUUUAGUCAAGAGUUCUUGAAAUCUUGAUCUCUGAUCAAAAAACACUUUGCAAAGUCGAUUCAUGUGUCAUGAUAAUGCCAUUUUAAACAAAAGUGUCUUUGCACAGAAUUGACUUUGCAAAAUCUUUUUUGAUCAGAAAUCAAGACUGUGUACUUUUGACUAAAAUGGCAUUACCUAAUAUAUACCUAUUUGAAAAUGAUGACACUUUCAGUGUUAUAUGUUUUGGAUCACAUAGAAGCUUUAUCCGACUAACGUCGAUAGUUAAUCUAUGUCUUACUGCCUAAGUACAUCCAUUUUAAAAAUUUCAUUUGUUCUAUAUUUUGUUUAUUUUUUGUGUAGGUGUCUUCUGUUAUAUUUGUUGUCUGUGGGUUUAUUGUUAGACUUGACGACACCAGUUUCUGUACAUAUGUAUUAAACACAAACUAAUACUUCUAUAUAAUUACAUCUGAAAAAGAGCCAUCAGUCAUCAUCUUCCACUUCCGGGCUAUUUUCUUCGACAUCUGUUCCUGAUCUUCUUCCACAGGUUGAUCUUCCUCUACAGGUUGAUCUUCCCCAGCAGAUUGAUCUUCCUCAGGUUUUUGUCAAGGUCCUCGUUUUCCUGAUUCUCUCCUUGAUAUCCGUAAAGAGCUAACAAUUGCUCCAGGGACAUAUCGCCUUCCAUAUUUGCUGAAAAGGCUUGCUGGCCUCCACAACUCACUAGAGAUUCUCUAUGACUGACAUAGAGGAUCUCCAUUCUCUAUAUUAGUUGUGGAAGUUAGCAAGCUUUUUCAGCAAAUAUGGAAGGUGAUAUGGCCCUGAAGCAAUUGUUAGAUCAAUACGGUUAUCAAGGUGAAAAUCAAGAAAACGAGAACCCUGAGCAAAAACCUGAGGAAGAUCAACCUGCUGAGGAAGAUCAACCUGUUAAGGAAGAUCAACCAGUGGAGGAAGAUCAGGAACAGGAAGUCGAAGAAAAUAACCCAAAAGUGGAAAAUGGUGACAGAUACUUUUCUGAUGGCUCUUUUUCAGAUGUAAUUAUGUAAAUGUAUUAGUUUGUGUUUAACAGAUAAUAUGUACAGAAACUGGUCGUAUAUUCUAACAAUAAGCCCACAGAGAACAAAACAUAACAUCUUCAAAUAUCUUUAAUAAUUUUGGACCUUUUCCUACCUUAUCUGAUUUCGUUUUCAGCUCUUGAUUAUUCCGACGUUUCUUACGUUCAGAAUGGGAGACGAAAUAAAAAAAAGUGAAACGACAUGGAACUUUGUAACAGAACUUGUUAGCUGAGUAGGGCGUAUUAUUGCCUGAGCGGAUGAGCAAGACAAGAUUAUAAAGAUUGCCGGCUUACUGCAUUAGCAUCAUCUAUCAGAAAAUUUUCCAAGUUUUUCGAGUUGCGUUCACAGCAAUACCAAUAAUCCUAGUAGCGUAUCCACAUGUCGCGUUUCUAAGUGUUAAACAAAUUCUUACUAUAUUGAUCUACAUUUGUCCAUUGCUGGACGUAGGCCUCCCUUCAAAUUUUCCACUUAUUUCUAUCUUGAGCUUCUUGUCAUCACCUAAUCGGCGGUGGUCUUCUGCUUCGAUAUGUCUCUUGUCUUCGUCGCCACUCCAUAAUCUUUCUGGUUCAUUUAUCAUCCGUUAUCAUUCUUUCAAGUGCAUCCGUCACUCCUGUUCGUUUUCUUAUUUCUGGGUUUGGUACUUUAUCUCCGAUAGUAAUAACUAACAUUGAUCUUUCCAUAGCGUGCUGUUUAAUUCGUAUUUUAUUUAUUCUUCCUUUUGUUAAAGUUAGUGUUUCUGCAGUAUAUGGAAGAACCGUUAAAACACAUUGGAUAAAAACCUUUCUUUUUAAGCAAACUGGAAUAUUAGACUAAACAAUGUUGUUCAAUCUACCAAAGGCAGCUCAUGUGAGACAUAUCGUUCUUUUUAUUUCAGUUCUGAUUAUCUCGGCAUAAGAGAAUCUCAUAAUCGGGAUUUGUGAACUAUUAUUUGGCCAAUUAUAUGUCAACAAAAUUAGACAACAAGAUAUAUGAUUUAAACAUGGACUAUGGCAUCUCUUUGACUCGGGUGUCUCACGACAAAUCAUGCUGUUUUCAGUUUUCGUAUGCUUUCAGAGUUCUGUUACUGGAAAGACCCCCAUUCACGUUGAGGUCGUUAUCUAUACAUGUAGCAAGUAUCAGUAUCGCGAUACAAAUCUCAUAGUGUAUUUGGCUAUCUUAGUAUUGCUGUAUCAGUCUACAACUCUAUCGCCAUCUGUAUCACUGGAGUGAAACAGAUACAAAUCUCAUGAUGCGUGUAUCGCAACUUGUUGCGAUACACGUAUCGAUACCGAUCUUAACAUGAAUGAAGGCCUUUACUUUUACUCCCUCCAAAGAAGAUCACUGGCCUCAACAGGAUCUGUUUUAUCGGAAGUAAGUUCAAAAACAGUACGUGCGUAUAUUGAACAUAAGAUACCUCUUUUUACACCACAUACGUGUUGAUGAAAUGCGGACAAAGUUUUAAACGGUUUUUCUGAUUUUAAUCUCUUAUAGAUGGUUUAAGAAGUAGGAAAAAACUUAAUAAUUUAUUUAUGCAAACAGUAUCUUUGAGCCCCUAUUCAUACGUAAUAGGUAUGUGGGAUUAUUUAUUACGAUAUUUUAAGUGUAAUAUUAACAAAAAGUUUUUAUGCAACUAAACAUUUAUCACUUUUAUCCUAGUCAGCCUAGUGACAUUUUUAAUCCUUGAUAAUAAUAUAUUUCGGUCAAUUCACAUAAAUAUAUUAUUUUAACAACUCUUUCUCUGUGAUAAUCACUGCUAUUAUUUAUUAGUCCGUUAUUGAAUUUACUUUUGUGCUCUUUUCUUGUGGGUGAUUAAUUUAAAUUAGAUUAAGAACUAAAAUUUUUAAUUAAAUACAUAGGGCAGAUCUUAACAAUUGAUCAUUCUAAAUGUAAGGUUAAAUUGAAUUAAAUCAAUGUAACAUUAAGUUGGUAGCAAACAACAUCAGCUUUGUUUGCCAGUUAUACUACAACAUUUUACUGACAAUGCAGGACAAAAUUUGCAUGCCAAAAUUCCUCUAACCGGGAUUUAAUCGGGACAGAAAGUACCGGCCUUUAGUAUAUUAAUACUACAAAAGUGGUUAUAAGUUCAUAUUUUCCGUUUUUACUCUUCGAAAUCCACACUCAUAAUCUCCUAACAUGGGGAUCCAUUCGUAUUCGUAGUUGAUCUUGUUAGUACCUUGUAAUAACCUUUAUAAUUAAAUAAUUCCAAUUUAGAACAUCGUUUAUUAUCUAAAUUGGAGAGACCAAGGCGCCAUUUCAGUCACUGACCGUUGACUCUUUAGUAUCUAUAUGUCUUUCCGUUCCAUAUUUUAGUUUUUAUGAAUGUUAAUCAUAUCUUGACCAGAGGCUGUACUGUUUUCAUUAUUUUUAUUGUUUCCUAUAGGUUAACUGCUAAUUCGUCAUAUCUUUUUGGUGCUAUCGUCUGGGCAUAUCGUUGGCAUAUUUAAGUUUUCUUCAAAUUCCUAUCUUAGAUAAAUUGUUGAAAUAUUAUUUACACUACCAAUCUGAUUAUCCAGUUUCCAUCCGGAUAGUUUAAAGUAUUUACUAUUAUAUCUUUGCUGAUUAUUUGGGCUUCCUUACAUCUAUAAAAAUAUUUUAGAUACUUAUAUAUACUGCAAAACGUUCGUUUACUAUUAUUACGAACUUAUAAUAAUUUUCACGUUUUCUACUGCUGCUUUAAAUAAUUAGUUGGGUAUAAAAUCCGAUCAGAUAUUGAGUAUUGCUGCUAUGUAUGAAUAAGCAGAUAUAAGAAACAUGUAUCUAUAUUUUUGACCUCAACUUAUAUCUAACGGGCGAAUGCUUAUUUUUUAUUCCAUCUAUUAACUUUGUAGCUAUUCUGUCUUAUAAAGUCCUAUUGAUGAUUUGUCCAAUAUAUAUGUGAUAUAUGAUAUAUUCCAGGAAAGCAAGGAAAAUGUUCUCCAUUUGAAAUUUGAACACGAACGGUUAAAGAAAGACAAUGAAGACAAUUAUUUCAAACAGAAAUCGGCCGUUUCAACAUAUUUGUAUUCAUAGACAUAUUCUAGUGUCAAAUUCACCAAACACGAAUUCAAAAGAUUCACAAACAUAUUUUAUUUCAGAAACUAGUUAUAAAAAUAUAAUUCUGACUGAAUAUUUAGCAGUUUGUAUUGGUAUAUUCAAACUUUUAGACAUCUUGGAUUUUAGUUACCCUAUGUAACGCACAGCUGAAUCUUAUGUUUGUGCGUCACAGUGUUGCCAUGCCAUUUCUUUCAUAAUUUAAAUCAAUGUUAAAUGUACCUACAAGAAUAAUAGAAUAAGAACGUUUACUUCUCCGUCAUUCUACCUAAUGAGGUGUCAAAUGAAAGCUUAUAAUCCAAGGAUAGUACUAAAGGUGAGAAAUUAGACCUAGAUUGUCUGCCCCUCAAAAAAUAAGCGUUAUAUUGGGGAUUUCUAAUGUCGACAUUAAAAGUUGCACUAUUUUUUUCUAUAAAACAUUUUAAUCUAAAACUUACCAGAAAACUUCUUUGUACUCUACUUUCAAACAAACGUGAUUAAGAAGCUAAAUUUUAAACUUCGUUACACAACUUUUGUGAUUAAACUUUGUAAUGCACAAAUCCGCACCUUUUUCUUUGAAAAAUUCAUAACCUUUAUCAUGAUAAAAAUAAAAACUUAAAGCAGGUACCUUUGUCUUCAGAAUUGUUAGAGCUAUAUACUGUAAAAAUUUCAGAAAAAAAUAUUAAAAUGGAACAGAGUUGUAGCGAGGUAAACGCAAAAAACGUGAUUUCAUUUUUUUUUAUUUUUAGGUUAAAAUUGCGAUUUUGACAAUGUUCCCCCACAUAAAAUUCAAAAUAAACCUCAUUUUCGUUUUCAGCACCCUCGAAAAUAUAAAGUAUGAAUAAAAUUAGCCAUUCAUCCCUCCGUGGUCAGUAUCUCGAAAACUAAGCGCUUUUUUGAGGGUGUAUAAUAUCACAAAAAAUUGUAACGUGAUAGUAUGAAAAAAUAGAGGAUACGGCAACGGUGUUACAAGUGAUGGUCGGAUCCGUCGGAUUCAAUGCCAAAAUCUACAGACAUAUUAGGGUGCACAAAUAGCCAAGAUGUCCAAACUUUUUAUCUACGUUUUAUCUCAGCCAUCAAAUAUACUGAUUCAUGUAGGUACCUUUUUCGAAAUGAGUGUGAGACAUUUGGCAGUUUUCCUAUACAUAUACAUAAUAGACAGAUAACCUUUAAAAUCCACACAGCAAGCUCAAUCACAGAAACAUCAUGAACCUUACAAAUAAGCAUGUCCAAAAAAAAAUGAAUCCCAAAAACAUUAACUAUUUUAAUUUGAUACUGAAUUCGAUACACAGUAUUAAAAACGACAAAGGAAAGCAAUAAAUACUCGAACUAUUUUACUAGUGACUAGUAUACCAACUAGUUUGACUCUGUCUUACUAUAAGAACACACUACUGACAAUUAAAUGUUUUUAGUAAUGUCGGAUUUCAUAGUUUCGUUCCUAGAUUGACAUCACUAAACGAGUGAGUAAGGCUCACGAAAUUUUGUAAGACCAAUAUAUAAAUCUUCGAUAGAAAUGGAAUGUAUCGAAUAUGUGGCUUCUCCGUCUGAAGAACACAAGCAAUGGCUGUUCAUGACGUUCAUAUUGAGUAUCAGCAUAUAUGGUGUAGGUGUUCCGGACGAAAAAACCAGGAAGCUUUAUAGAGCAGGAAACGGAAAUUAUUCUUACUUUGGACACGUAAGGUUAGCUCAACAUGUUGCAAGUUAAUCGGACGAAAGUCAGGGAUGAAUGAUUUAUAUUACCAAAACUAUGGGGUCGGUUUUAGAUUCUUUCUAGAUAGAAAGUAGUUCUAUCUCGGUCAUAUUACGACUACAACCUGGAGCGUGUACUAUAGCUAACUGCCAAUCCAUAGGUCUCUUCGAAGUCUUCUAACAAUUUUUCUGUGGGAACUUAUAAUACUACUAGUGUUAAAGUCCAAUCAUUAUUUGUCUGGGGACAGUCGAUGCGCUCUGUUAUAUCUAAAGUCUUAGCUGUUUCUAGAAUGACUGGUGUACAUGCUGAUUGGAAUUACAUACAUACAGGGUGUCCCGGAAAAUAGUGCGUUCCUUUAAGGUAUGGAGAGAAUACACAAUUUGGAACAAAAAAGUCCUAUACCAUUUUUUUCUAAAGUUAAGCGUUUCCAAAAAAAAGUUAACAUUGUUUUCCAUAUACCUGUAUUUUAAUGUUUGGAAAUUUUAAUAAACUGGCAACAUCGUACGCACUACGGCAUAAUAACAUAAUAAGAACUCGUUUGUGAUUGUGAUUAACAGUAUUUAAAAUAAUCCAACCUAAUAGUAGGUAAUACUACUUAUGUAUUUACUAUUUGUUUAUUAAAAUUAUUUUCUUUUGAAAUGUAUUGAAAUACCUAUUGCAUAAUUUUAAACGAAUUACACAUCUUUUAACAUAAAAACACAUCUUUUAACUAAACUAGUAUUAUGUAUUUAGUAAGGUUUAAAUGGGUUGAAUGCUGAGUAUUGCUGAGGGCUUUAACUGAAUUACAUAGUUUUAAUAGUUUACAGUGGAACUUAAAUACACCAGAUAAUGUCUCAGUAAUUUGUUUACUUGUGAACUGAAAUAACUAAGUUGUACUUACUUGAAAAUAAUUAAUAUAAAUAUACCGAAUAGAUGUUUCAAGUAACCUUUCACAAACACCAUUCAUAGGUAAUAACAUAAUAGGUAAUACACUCACUAUUCGAAAACAUUUUCGGCAUUGACACUAAACGGGAUUCUUUAAAACUAUCUGUUUACUAUCAUCUUCUAUCUAUUUACAUGGGACUGUCUAUGCUUAAAUUUGCGUACCGCACAUAGUUGUCAGAUUUAAAUUUGGAUACCAAAAUACAUUUUAAUUUUUUGGUCAAACGGUUGCAUUUAGAAAAAAAUGUUAUAAGAGUUUUUUGUUCUACAUGGUGCCUUCUACCUAUACCUUUAAGGAACGCACUAUUUUCCGGGACACCCUGUAUUAUGAAAAUAUAAACUGUUUGGGUUUCCGAUCUAAUAUUUAUAGUUUCUACUUUUCCGUGGAAUUAUUUUCACAAGUGAUUGUAAAACUAGAUGCAAUGGUCAACUUUUGUUUAUAUUUAAAAUGAUCAAUAAUAGGUCUGCCAACAAAAUAGUUUGACAACUGUACAGCUUCUUAUAUAUAGAUAAGUUGUUUGUCGAAAAAUAUGCAGUUGUAGAAGAGAUCUUUGUAACGGUAUUUCGAGAAUAUUUUGAACUGAACUGAUAAUUUCACCAAAUCGGUAACCGCAGUUUAUUAAAUGUACGUUAUUAUGUUUCAAUAAUUAAGUACAUUUAUACAGGGUGUAAUAUAAAGACAGGUCAUAAAUUAAACCACAUAUUCUGGGACCAAAAAUAGUUCGAUUGAACCUAACUUACCUUACAAAAAUGUGCACAUAAAAAGUCUACAGCCCUUUGAAUUUACAAAAUGAAAAUCUAUUUUUCCAAUAUAUUAAAAACUAUUAGAUAUUAGAAUAUCUUAAAAAACAGUGAAAUUUGUGCAUCCCAUAAAAAUUUUAUGGGGAUUUUGUUACGUUAAACCUCCCAAAGUAUUUAUGUACUUUACAAUUAAAUUAUUAUUGUAGUACCAUGAGUUUAAACACUUAAAACUUUUUUUGCAUUUUCAAUAAAAAAUCUCUAAUAGUUUUCGAUAUGUUGCAAAAAAUCGGUUUUCAUUUUGUAACUUCAAAGGGCUGUAAUUUUUUUAUAUGUAUUACAGUUGUAGUAAGGUAAGUUAGGUUCAAUCGAACCAUUUUUGGUCCCAGAAUAUGUGAUUUAAUUUAUAACCUACCUUUUUGUUACACCCUAUAUAUUUAGUUGUAUAAACACUUUAAAACAGUGACAAAAUCAAAUUAAUGUUAGAAGGUUACCACUCGAUUGACAUUUGUGAAAUUAUCAAUAUGCUUCUUAGUUUGUAAGAAAUUUUUAUUAGGGAUUAUGCUACAGGGUGAUUUAGAUAUUUGAAAAUGUAAAUAAUAAAGAAAAAAAUCAUGUAUAUAACAGUAGACAAGUGAAUAUUUCUUUAGUUGAAACAAACUGUGGAACAAAAAUUUUAAAAGCAAUUUAAUAUAAUUAAUUAAAGGUUUAGACAUUAUUUUUUAUAUUUAUUUGUGUUUCUAUUGGUCUAAGUAACCAAGACAUAAGUGCUAACAGAACUUCAAAUAGGCAUUUUUAAAGCUUUAUACCUAGAAUAUAUUCAACUACAAUUGAAAGGUAUUCAAAGUUGUUGUAAUUUUUAAAAUGUGUUGAAUUUUCGACCUAUACCGGGUUGUGAAUCGUAAAACGGGCCAUAGGAGACUCAAUGUAAAAUUCUAAACUGUUGAAUUCCUGCUUCCCUAAUUAUUUUACAUCAAAAGUCAUGAGAGAAUAUUUGUAGAGAAUUGAAAUCUGUAUUAAAAUCAAAAGUUAAAAUUGUUCUACGAUUUAAACGCAUUCCAAAAUUUUGAGUACACAGUAGGUAUGUGUGUAAAAGUUAGGUCACACGUUACUAUUUAACUGACAGUGCUCACACCAUUGACUGAAUAAAAAAUCUUUAUUACAUUAAUACUUUCUCCGCAACUGAGGGUAUCUUAUCAACUGUAUUGUUUUUAAACAAUAAAUGAUAAAAUAAAAAUAUUGACAGUUCAAAAAUGUGAAAAUAAUAACUUCAUUGUGACACAUUAUUGCACUGUGUGUGGCCUAAUUUUGAGCUGAAAAACUGAAAAAUGUAUUACAUUUUUACAAAAUUCUGGAAUAUGUUUAAUUCGUAGAACAAUUUUAACAGUUGUUUUCAAUACAGAUUGCAAUCCUCUACAAAUAGUUUCCAAUGUCUUUUGAUGUAAAAUAAUUAGGGAAGCAGGAAUUCAACAGUUUAGAAUUUUACAUUGAGUUUCCUAUGACCCGUUUUCCAAAUCACCACCCGGUAUAUCAUCUUGUUCAAAAGCUGCUAUAAGUCUACAUUUUGUAUAGAAUUAAUUUCUGGCAUUAUAAUAUAGGAUAAUACUUGAAUGAAUAAAAACUUUCUGCAAGCUACUGUAAAAAGCAAAUUGUAUUUGCCUUAUGUCUUUGUCUACACUGGUGCGCUUUCGUCUUCCUCUUUCAAUUCAAAAAGCCUUUUCAACUUGCACUUCAACUGCCAACAUUGCAUGCCAUGAUGAGCAAGAUAAGAUGCGUGUAAAGUGCUGUACCCAUUGGUUGCGCUAUUUUGACAGUUGAUAAAAGUAUUUGUUUGGGAAGUACGGGACAUAAUUACAAUAUUGCUUUCGAUAAAACUGAUAAGGCGCAGGAAACAACAUGAAUUGAAAGAGAGGUUGAACGAAAAAUCCAACAGGUUUGCAUCUUCAUGCGUCAGACCGUGCGCUAUAAAAUUUCCACCUUAAACUCCAAACAAGGCAUGCUGUAGCGCAUACCUUUUGUUCAUUACACCGUGCGCUGUGACGCAUGCGUUUGUUGAACACAAAGUUGCACUAGUGUAGACAGAGCUUUAACAUUUGUUAGCACUUUGUCUUGUUGCCAAUAAAAAUAUUAAUGUAAUAAUAAUUAUUAACUUCAGUUACGGCAAUAUAAGUUAUACAUAUCAAGCUUAUAAGAAGUAUGUCCAACAUAUCAGGUACGUAAGGACAUAGAGUGAUGGAAAAAGGGUAUUUAAUCUAUAUAUGAUUUAUGUCAUUGGAAUUUAAGGGUAAAAUUUACAAAAAGUUGUUAUGCGAAGUGUACUUGCUUAUUAAAGUGUUAAUGGAAAUGGAAAGGCAUUCGGCACAGAUCAUGUUUAACUGUUCACUGCAGUACUUAUUAAUAAGUAGGUACUUAAAUCAAUAUCUUAUUUAGUUUUUAAUUUAAUGGAUGUACAUUGGAUGUCAAUGAGUUAAAUAUUAUGGCGUUUAUCUUCAAUGCGUGUAGAAUGAUUAAAUAACUGAACUACAUAUCAAAAAGUAGAACAAUUCAGUUUUCUCUUGAAAUAAAAAUUAUCUAUGCCACAACUGUGUAGUCUUCUGUGACAUGAUUGAUACUUUUUGUCGUUAUAUUUAAAUAUCAUAUUGUAAAUAAUUUUUAGAUAUUUCAAUAUUGAGGAUCACCCUGAAGUUUAAUAUUUUUUAUUAACAAGUAGGCAGUUACUAACUGGAGAAUAACAUAGACUUAGAAAAUAAAUAAGGCUGUUUAUUAUUUGCAACUAACUGGUCAGUUACACGAAGGAAAUUCUACAUUCGGAUUGGAAAGUUUUAUAAAGCCAUAGCACGCCAUAGUAACAAACAAUGACAUAUGGCUAAAGGUUCUUCUCAACCAAGGCCAAAAAAUAAAACAAAACAAAAAUAAAAAUGACAAAUGUUUAGCUUGGAAGCUUUUUUAACCUUUCAAGGCAUGGCUAUGAAAUCUUGGAUUAUUUAUUCUUAAGUCGUUUCUAGUGAGUUUGUGAUAAAACAUGAACCCUCAGGCAUCCGUAAAAGGUCUGCGGUUUUGAAUUAGAUUUUGUGAGUAGAUCGAGUCGGACGAUGGAUGAGUAGUAGGAACGCUAAGGGCCAAUUUCUCAUAUCGAGUUCAACUCAAAGAUAUGUCAACAAUAGAUCUGGCUAGGGAUAUGCCACUCAAUGCAUCGGGGUGUAACGCCAAUAUCAAGUACAGUGGUCUAGCUAUCUUUGUCUGUCGUGCGAGUGUGAGCGUAUCUACCAAGAGGUGGGAGUAAUGGAACGAAAGUGACACAGAGGCGGCAGCCAUCAUAUGCUAGAGAGAGAAAGCUAAGCGCCGGUAGAGAGAGAUAGAUAGACCACCGACCCGAACUGCCCCGCGUUACGCUAUUUUUCGGACCUGGCCUAAUCUAUUGUGUUAUUAUAUCUAUGGUUCAACUCCAGUUUAACCAAUGAACGUCAGUUUAAAGUCAAAAUCGUCGUUCUUAAUCCACGUUUAACCGAGGGCAGUUUAAACUUGAACGAUGCUUGAACGCUGGAAUUCGGCCGUUCAAAGAUUUCUGAACCCAGUUCAGAUGAUUUCAUGGAUUACGCAUGCGUCGUAUUAACACGAAACGCUGUCAUAAUAUAAAUAUAACAUAUUUUAUUAUAUUAAGCCUAACGAUAAAAGAUAACAUUAUUUUUGUUUUUAUAACAUUUAUUUAUAAUUAUGAAAAUGACCAUUUGACAAUAAAUACUUAAAUUUAACUUUAUUAAAAAACAGCAUAAAAAGGUAGUUCAAAAUGGCGACAGUCUUUUCCUUUUGCCAUCUAUUGGCAUUUCUCGAAAGCUGUAGAACGUGCACUGACAUAAACGUGCAAUGAGAAAUGCAUUCCAAACAAAACCGAAGUUCACCGGUGAACCUGGUUCAACUGAACCAUAGAUUACCGCAGGUAUGAGAAAUCGACCCUAAGAGGUAGUCUUGCAGUCCUCAUUCAUUGAUUCCUACCAAAAGAUGCUAAUACUCUAUAUUCUAGAAAAUCAGAAUGUAUAUAGCUGACGCUAUUUAUAUAAACUUAUUAGAUAAAGAAAGGAUCAAUUUUAAAGAACUUUCAUCGUACCAGAUGCAAUUGAAGCGUUUAUUUGAAUAACAACACAUUAUGCAUUAUUCUCAUAGAAUAGUAGUUUCUUUCUCGAUCUCACACAUUCAAUUUUGUAAAAAUCGCAAUUGUCUGGAGUAAACUACAUAUAAAGUUCGAAUAGUUUAAGAAAAACAACAGAUACCCAUGCAGAUUGUUGUAAAAGUAACACUUGUCCCAUCUUAUUCAACGGUCAUCGCUAAGCGUAAAUGAUCUUAUCCGUAAAUUUAUCAGUUGUCUGCGUUCUUUAUUAGUAAUAUGUGAUGUUUGUUUCUUUUGCAUUAGAAAUACUUCAGCAUUGCGGAAACUGUUCAACACAAUACCUCUAUAUUUUCCAUUAUAUUUUGCUACGUUUGUACCUAUUUUUGGUUAAAAUAUCAACAAAAAUAUGAAACCACUUUGCACAAUUAUUUUGAUAUCCACAUUACUUCUAAUGAAUAUCUUAUUAAAAGUGAGAUUUGAAAUAAAUUGAAGCUGGGUAGUUUUUCUUGAUUUGCCAAAAUUUCAAUUUUUGGACAAGUGUUGUUUUCGAAAUAAAUGCUUCAAUUGAACUGUGAAGAAUGUACUUAAUAAAUGGGUACUUACACAUAGGUACAUAUAUUUAUAAUCUAAACUCGAUCAACCUUAGGGUUGGAACAAAAAAUCAGAAAACAGUAACUCUGUGGUUUGUUUUGGAAUGUCCUGACGGACAAAUGUUUUAUUGUAUGAAAUUCUGAAAUUGGGGGCUUCUUUUUUCCUUGAGAUGCUGUGAAUAGCCUAAAUUUUUACCUCCAAUUAGAAGAUAUUAAGUAGAAAAGCGAGGAACAUUAUGUUAACGGACAAAAACGAUUGUGUCAUAAACGCUUAGGGCACCUACAUUAUGUAAUUUAGAAGUCAGAAACGGCAAAGUUAUAUAUAGUUUAUUGUAAAUCUACAACUUUUCAGUAUCGAACUGCAAAAACACGUAUUGUGUCUGCUAAUAAUAUUAUUACGUUGUAAUGCUUCCAAUGAAGCAUUCCUGAGAAAAUUUGACUUUUGCUAAUGAUUUAAUUAAUAAGCGGGAAAAAAGAACAUUUUGGUGGCAGAUACGCUUAGUGCUUUUAUAUCUGUGUCUGUCAACAUUUUUCUCAAGUCAAAGGCGUACAUGAUGCCCAUACAAGCUACCCAUUCCAAAAAAGAAUAACAGAAAGAAGCAUAAACAUAUAUGUCACGAAAAAUGAUGGAGAUGAACAAAGCUCGGCAAAAAUUAAGCCUCAUAUCUUAGCCUCAGCCAAGGAAGUUCUUGGAGAAAGAAAUAUAGAUAAAAAUAAAUCGUUCCCAAGGCGAUAAACUCCAUGGUUUUGUACAGAAGUAAAAGAAAAAUGUAAAGAAAAGAAGAAAGCUUAUCUGAAAUACAUGACAACCAAGAUACAAGAGGCAUACGAUAAUUACAAGACAAUACAUGCACUUGUAAAAAGAAUGAAACAUGAUCACUGAGAACGUGUUUGAUAAAAAAAAAUGGAACAUGAUUUUUAUGGUCAACAAAAGGAAAUAUGGCUUUUUAUAAGUUAAAGAACGGAGGUACCUAAAGGAACUAAUAGAACCAAAACACAUAUGAACACAGAGAAACAUACAUGGAUUGACUAUCUAGAAAUACUCGUAAAAUGCAGUGGAAUAACAUACGACCCUACAACCAGAAACACCAGAACUGACAACAAAUGAAGAUGUUAAUAUAAAUGCACAGGAAGUUACUCGAAAAGCUGAAGAACAGAGAAGCUGCAGGUAAAGACGGAAUACCAAACGAAUUACUGUAAUAUUGUAGGAACAAUGUCAUUGAGGAACAAUGACAGAACAGUUAACAGCAUUACAUAAUUAUUAAACACAAUAAACUACUAGAAAAAUGGAGAACAAGCGAAAUAAUAUUUAAAAAACUGCUAUUUAAAAAAGGAAAUAAAAAACAGCCAGAAAUUUACACAGGUAUAAACUGCUAAAUACUACCCUAAAACUAAAAUUUUACGAGAACUAAUGAAUCAGAGGGUUGCAGAUGAACAAUAGGGUUUUCGUACCCUAUUGUUCAUCUUAAUUGAAGAAUCGUCUACAAAUGUAAUAUUUGUUAUAAAGCAAAUUACUGAGAAAUUACUACAGUAUAUUAGACCAGCAUGUCUGUGUCUGAUUAACUGUUUGCAACCCGACAUUCUUAGAUAAUUCUCAAGUAGUAGUAAUUUUCUAAAACAUCGAAAAAUUUAAUUAAAAUUUUUAUUCAGACAUCUCGAUACUAUUUACAAUCUGAUCUUACAUUAAAAAUUCUACAUCAAAUAAUCUCGACGCUUCGAUAAUAUCUUAAUAUCGACUUUGUCGAAUCAAAUCUUCAUGUAACUGACACGUAACUCAUCAUGAUCAUGAAGAAUGUACUUACGAGCACAAUAUUUAUCCAUUUUUUCUAAUAUUUUUUUUUAUAUAAUUUUCAACAUGAUCAUGAAAUUAAUAACUAUAUGGCACACAUUGUAUAGAUCACUUAUUUUUAAUGUGACCAAAAUGAAAUAGGAUGUAACAAAGAAAAACUUUUUAUUAGUAAGUUUAGUGGAAUUGUAUAAUAUAAGUAAUAUCAGCUUAGAACAGAUUGAGAUAUUUAUAUUAAAGGAGUUUCCUUCAUUGAUACGUUGUGAUUUCUAAAAGUGUGUAGAGCUCUUGUCCAAAGUUUUUAUGUUUCUUUGUUAUUUAUACUUUUGGCCCCUUUUGGUAUAGAACUUUAUUUCAACUAUCUAGGUACUGAUAUUUUCCGAAUUUAUUUAGUUAUUAUUUAAAAACAGACAAUUUUUUAUUUUAUAGUAACAUGUUGAUGACAUAUUAUUUGUUCGUUAGGCCAAAAUAUUAUAAAUAUUAGAUUACAUGUACCUACCUAAACAAAACAAAAAUGGCAAACUUUACAAGAUCUUCGUAUCGCCUCUUAAUCUGUUGGAUUAGAAUAGGGCUUUUCAUCGAUUGUCAUUUGUUUCGAGCUUCUGUCAUAUGUUGUAUAAUCUGUGUAUAAUAUUAAUAUACACGGAUUAUACAACAUAUGACAGACGCUCGAAAUAAAUGACUGUGAAUGAAAAGCCCUAUAUUACCAUUUCAUCUUUUUUGAUCACUGACCAGUACUUCUUGUUCAGAUUGGUCUAUUUGGACUGUUUUUAACAUUUUUUUUGCUUUUAUAUAUUAUUUGUCCACUCCAAGUCCCGUUCAUUCUCUUCUCCGCUAUCAGAACUUCUUAACAUAGGUACUAUCUUUAUUUCCUCGUUUCAGAAUUGUUACCCUUGUUAAUAUGGUUCUGAAACGUUUGUCUUAGAGCAUUUGUAUGUUUCAUCAUAUUUAAUUAGAAUAAACCACAAUUUUUAUUGAAAAAACGUUAUAUUUGACGUUCCAAAUUCAAAGAUAGCAAGUCCCUGUGUGAUAGCAGUCAUAAUCUAGAGAAGAUAAAAUUAUUAAAUAUCACUAUAUCACGAGUUUCAGUCCACCAUAAUCCAGGCUGACUAUCAUUUAUCAAAUAAUAAUUUCACUGUACUUGUAUUUUGUUUAUGCCUAGUUACACCAACAGAACUUAAAGCACGACUUAAGCUUAAGAUCUGUUCGUGCAACCAGACAUUAGUGUUUCAUUAAGGGAAAUAUUGGUAAUUUUCAUUGGUUUUGUGGGUAUUUCUCACUCGUACAAGCUAUCCUGCCAGUGAAAUAAUAUAUUUUCCUGAUAUAGUUAAUCAAAAAUACAUAAUUUUGCUGAUAAGUUUUCAAAUAUUUUGUAGAUUGUAUUCAGUAGAGCUAUUCCUCUACACUUGUAGCACAUACUUUUGUCACUUUUUUGGUGAAGUGGACUUAACCACGUCAAGUUUCUACUCGUUUAAUAAUUUAGUUCUUUAUAUGUCUUCUCAAGUUGUCAGGCAAUUCUAGCUCUCCAUCCUUUCAAUACUCUGCCCUAAUGCCAUUUUAUCCUAUUAUUUCGUUGUCUUUAGCUUUUGUAUGUAGUUCAGUUGAAGGUAGUAAUAUAUAUUCUUUGGACUUUGCACAUUAUUCCUUUUAAUCUGUUGAUAAAAUUUCGAUUGUCCUUAUUAAUCGUCUUCCAUGAUCUCUAGUUUUCUUUUCCAGUGUUUUUUCUUUUUCCUCCAGAUCUGUUUCACUUUUUAAAAAUCUGUUUUAAUUGUCGAAACAGACAGACAUACCUAAUUAGAAAAAUAAAAAAAUACAAAUUAAUAGAAUGAAGUAAAAAUGAAACGAAAUCAACACUGAAGGCUAAAUUAGUGAGAAGAUGUUUUAAGUGCGAUUCUACACACUUUUAAAAUAGCUUGAUUAUUUUAGUUGGAAACAGAUAAUGUUAUAUCUUAAUGUACCUACAAUACAUACAUGUAUUUUUGAUGGCUUAUUUUCUCGUAGAUCAUUACCUACCAGUACUUACUAGAUAUUCCAUAGAACAGUUUACAAAUAAAUCGUAAGACAAUAAAGAGUUUGUCGUUUGUUACAAAUUUUUAAGGUUAAUUAAAAUUUUAUAAUUUAUGUAAUUAGUUACCAAUAACCUUUUUAUAAAAUAUUUUGGUAUAUUUACAAUAAAACUUUUUUAUGUAUUUAAAUUUGUAUACAUAUUAAUUAACACAGUCAUGUUUGUUUAAUGUUAAUUAUAAGUUAGAUGGUUGAAUGUAUCAUAUCAGAAUUUCAUAUUUGUCUCCCAUAUCAUACACAUACAUUUUGUAUUAACCGUGAUUAUUGUAUUAUUCAAUACAUAACAAAUAAAAA